GACAACAAAUUUCUGAUGUAAACUAAACUAAUUUGAGGCUUGAAUAAUUUCAAAACCAUAUUGUAAUUAUUUGAAUCUCACGCGUUUCUAUUCUCAACCCCAGGUCGAUCACCUGAAGCCUCAUUCUCGCUUCUCAAUGCCCCUAGGUCUCAACUUAUGACCCCCAUGAGUAUAAAACGACAUCACUCCAACCCGUAAUCCUGUUAUCCUCCCAGCUGCCCUAAUGUCUUUCAUCAGCAUAACCAGGACCACUUCAAGACAUCUAGUCAACCUGCGCAAUGCAGGCCUUCUCCACUACCCUCUGCAAAGGUCGUUGUCUGUUAGCUACUCACUACGAGCCAUCAAGGAGCAGUCAGUUUCUCCUCUGGCACCAAUAGGCGUAGCAGCUGCAUACGAUGCAAAGAGUAACCCAUCCUCCAAACCUAAACCCAAGAUCUUCGAUGAGUUUGCACUCAGUGAUCGUGUAGGAAUCGUUUCGGGAGGUAAUCAGGGACUGGGUUUAGAAAUGGCAUUGGCUAUGUGUGAAGCAGGCGCACGGGCGAUAUACUGUUUGGACCUUCCCGAAACGCCUUCGGAAGACUGGAAAGCAGCGAAAGAAUUCGUGGAUCGGUUAGGAAAUGGGUCGAGGCUAGAAUAUGAUUCUGUUGAUGUCACUAACCAGGCAGCAGUUUGGAAGAAAGGAGAGGAAGUUGGAGAUAAGGAAAAGAGAAUGGACGUGUGCGUUGCUGCAGCCGGAAUCCUGAAGUCUCAUACGGACUGCCUGGAGUAUCCGUCACCCCAGUUUCAGCAGGUAAUGAGUGUGAACGUGAACGGUGUCCUAUUCACCGCGCAAGCAGCCGGGAGGCAGAUGAGGAGAUUCGGUAAGGGGGGAAGCAUUAUUCUCAUCGCUUCCAUGAGCGGAACGAUCACAAACCGUGAUCACGCAUGGACUUCAUACAAUUCCAGUAAAUCCGCUGUUCUGCAGAUGGCCCGAAGCAUGGCUUGCGAGCUAGGUAAAGAACAUAUCCGAGUAAAUUCUUUGUCUCCAGGUCACAUUUACACCAAAAUGACAGCCGCUUACAUAGAUACCCAACCUCACCUUCUCGAAAAAUGGUCCGAUUUGAACCCAAUGGGCCGAAUCGGAAGAGCAGAUGAAAUAAGGGGAGUCACAAUAUGGCUUGCAAGUGACGCAUCGAGUUUCUGUACCGGAAGCGAUAUCCUGGUGAACGGUGGGCAUCACUCUUGGUAGUGAGGCUUUGAGGGGUCGGUGGGUGCUUCGAAUUAAGUCUGUGGUCUGUUUUUGUAGUCUGUAAAUUUAUGAGCGAGUCGUUCUUUCAUUUCAUUACCUCUGCAACCAGGAGUUACGGACAUUCAGGCGC